AUGGAAAAAAGAGAAGAAAAUGUUAUGAGAGAAAUUAAAGUUAACAAAUUGGUUCUCAAUAUUUGUGUUGGAGAAUCAGGAGAUAGAUUAACAAGAGCUGCAAGAGUAUUAGAACAAUUAACUGAGCAGAAACCAAUUUUUGGUAAAUGUAGAUUUACAAUUAGAUCAUUUGGAGUAAGAAGAAAUGAAAAAAUAUCUUGUUAUGUAACAGUUAGAGGGAAAAAAGCUUUAGAAAUAUUAGAAAAGGGAUUAAAAGUAAAAGAAUAUGAAUUAAGAAGAAAAAACUUCUCAGAUACAGGAAAUUUUGGUUUUGGUAUUCAAGAGCACAUUGAUUUAGGAAUUAAAUAUGAUCCUUCUACUGGUAUUUAUGGUAUGGAUUUUUAUGUUCAUCUAUCAAGACCUGGUUAUAGAGUUACAAGAAGAAGAAGGAAAAGAUCAAGAAUCUCUAAAACUCAUAAAGUUACAAAAGAAGAUGCAAUGAAAUGGUUUCAAACAAAAUUUGAUGGAAUUUUACUAAAAUAA